AUGGCCCCUAGAGCUCGAGGUCUAGCCGUCGCAAUCCUUGUCCUUCGUGUCGUCACCCUAGGCGUCCUCGCAGCAUCUCUUGUCGUCAUAGCGACAACAGCUAGAACUCACUAUGACCCAAUUGGUGAAGACGUUGGCCAGAUAUAUGACAUCAGCUUCCAAGAUCUUUACACGUAUAGGUAUGUCCUGUCCGUGGCUGCCAUUGGGUGCGCCUACACUCUGGUGUUAGUUUCUGUGGCCGCAAUUGCUGUGUUCGAAGGGAAGAGAAUUGGAGGCACCAGUGUUGCAAGGUUCUUCAUCUUCAUCGAUGUUGUACUUUGCGCGCUAUUAACCUCGGGAGGUGCUGCCGGACUAGGUCUUGUAGUUGACAAUCAACGAAUUAAUGGGAAGUCCUUCGACCCUGCUCAUAGAAAAUUCUACACCUCCUUCGACGCCUCUUGUGGUUUGCUCCUAGCGGCCGCUGUCUGCACUGUGGUCAUGAUCAUGAUUUCAGUUUCUUCAAAGUAG